ACCCACACCUGAAUACAAUCACUACAGUGGUAAAGGUAAAAUAAGCCAUUUUACAUUUAACUAUAUAACAUUAAUAUUUAAUACAUUUUCAUAUCAAAAUCUCAACAUCUAUGCAGUGUCUGCAUGUGAGCAACAUGAUUAGCCUUGUUGCAUGUUGUAUCAUAAAUGCCAAGUUGUGCAACAGCACCACAAUUUUGUUACCGACAGACCACUACAGCAUUCAUGCUUCACAACCUCAAAAUCCUAGCUUGUCCAAUUCACGUAAAGCCUAUGCCAAAGCCUGGCUGUGAUUUUGUUGCAUUUUGUACCAUGAACCCUGACAUUAGCACAUGCCUUAGAUGUGGUAGAUUACACUAAUGCACCACAAUAGAUAUAUCAGGUACCAGUUGCAUGUGAUGCUUCCAAUCCAAAUUCAAGGGUUGUGCUACAAAACCAUACAAAGUUACAACAAACUUUCUACAUAGGAUGGGGAAGCAGUGUCCUUAAGACAGCGUAGCUUGCACCCCUGCAUCUGAUUCCUAGUUAAAGUUUAAAUGGCUGGCAAUCUGAUCUCAUGAUGCAUAAUAUGGCCUAGAGUGGAAGAGAAGAACAGAAAAACAUGGGAAGAGAAUCUUAAGAAACAAACAGAAAGUCUUCCUAAUACCAUGUAAGGAAAACAGUGGCAUGGAUAGAUAUAAUAGCGGGCAGUUGGAUUCCAUAACUGACAGUUUGAAACACAAACCAUUUCAAUCUCUCUGUUCCAACAAACGGAAGCCGCGGAUCUUCAGAUUUCCAAAUGACAGUUCUGAUGUGAGAUUUGGACCAGAUCUAGAUUCGAAGUGCCGACAGCCAAACCAAAUUCAAGGAUUGCUUCAUAACCCUAGUCUCUGGGGCUUGGUCAAUAAUGCUGGAGUAGCUUUUGCUACAGCCCCCAAUGAAUGGCUGAAGAAGGGUGACUUUGAAAAUGUGAUACAUGUCAACCUCUUGGGGGUGAUUGACGUAACACUGCACAUGCUGCCCCUGGUGAGAAGAGCCAGAGGGAGGGUGGUCAACGUGGCCAGUGUGAUGGGGAGACUGGCAUCCUUUGGAGGUGGUUACUGCCCAUCCAAGUAUGGUGUGGAGGCCUUCUCUGACAGUCUGAGGCGUGAGCUCUUUCCCUUUGGAGUCCAAGUCAGCAUAAUUGAGCCUGGUAAUUUUUCUACACCUAUCGCCCAAAAAAUAAGAGAGAGUUUCAAAGCCGCAUGGAGCCGGGCACCUUCUGAUGCAGGAGCAGCCUACGGGCAGCUGUACUUUGAGGAAUUCUGCAGAUUACUCCAGGAACUCGGGAACAGAGGCUGCCCCAACCUCCACCUGGUGACUGACAAAAUAGAGCACGCCUUGACUUCCUGCCAUCCUCGCACUCGCUACUCUGCAGGCUGGGAUGCAAAGCUUUUCUACCUCCCUGUCUCUUACCUGCCAACCUCCCUGGCAGACUAUGUGCUGACCCGCUCUUUGCCAAGGCCGGCACAGGCUGUGUAGACCAUUUCUCCGAAACAGCAUCACAACAGCUGAAGCAAGCCAACCAUCUACACCAGGGGUCUCAAACUGUGGCCCUCCAG